AUGGUCAUAGGGAUUGCAAUGAUGUCAGCGAUGCUGCCCACUAUGAUUGGGCUAAACGAAGCAACCAAAGGGUCUCGGGACCGCGAAGAAAGCCACAAGGCGGAUGCCCUAAACACCCGAACCCACUUGAUAGCCACAUGUGAUGCCGAUGAAGGUUCCCAGGUCCAACGGGAACAAGUCCACAAUGCUAAGGUCUACCUAGGACAGGAUGGUAAAAUCUAUAUUACUAAACAACCAAAUUCUACCCUAUCCCCAUUUAACGGGCACUUCUAUCACCACCCUUCGUUCGGGGAAGAUAACACGGUGGGACUUAUUACAAUCAGUGGGGAAGACAAGCCAUUGGCAAGAUGGGUGUUCCUUGAUUCAGACACGAAUGAAAUGAGAUGGGGAGGCCGGGAAGAUAGUGAUGGUCAUGUCUGUGGGCCCUUUGUCCUCACCGUUGACGAACAGUAUAUCGCCCUUGAAGACAGUCAGAUGUGGCUGGCUGUAAAGCUGCCGGAAGACUAUCGAAAGGCCGAAGAGGCCGAAGGCUUAGGGGUCGUUGAUCAUGACGAUAAUACAGCGACUAGGUGGAGACUCUACUUUGACCGCAGUGACGGUGAUAGCCCCUGCCUACCUGCUGGAGCUGAAGUCAUGAAGAUCUAUCUGAAGCGAACUCCAGCGACUUCCUGA